AUGUUAGCUAACAUCGAUGACUUCCAUGACAAGGUGAUUCUUGAUGUAGGUGCAGGUUCUGGCAUCCUUUCCUUUUUUGCCAUCCAGGCAGGUGCUCGUAAAGUCUAUGCAAUUGAAGCAAGUAGCAUGGCUCAACAUUGUGAGAUGCUUGUAAAAGACAAUAAACUUGUUGGUCAGAUUGUUGUAAUUCCUGGUAAAGUGGAAGACGUAACCGUCCCUGAGGAAGUUGAUACGAUAAUCUCUGAACCAAUGGGUUAUAUGCUGUUUAAUGAACGCAUGUUAGAAAGUUUCCUUCAUGCCAAGAAAUGGUUAAAACCAGGAGGACGAAUGUUUCCAACUCAAGGAGAUCUUCAUAUUGCUCCAUUCACUGAUGAAGCCUUAUUUAUGGAGCAGCAAAGUUAUGAUGUUGACAUUGAAUUGAAUAUUCCUGGCACCAACACAAAAUCUGCCAAUUCAUUGGACUUAAAGAACCCUUAUUUCCGCUACACUGGUCAAACACCACAACCACCAGCUGGAGGAAGUAGCCAAUCCCCAUCUGAUUCUUAUUGGAAUAGUGUGGCUACUGGUAAUCUAUCAGGUGGAAAUCAAUCAUCUUACAUUAACGGGAUUCUGAAUGGCCUACCGGACAAUGGUCAAGCAGUUGGUCAGCAAGGAGUUGUGCAAACUAACUUGAUCCCUUUGUUGUCCCUGCACCUGUUUUCCCGUGUUUUUAGUCCCACAUGUCUUAUUGCUUCAUCCUUCUAUAAUUGUCCAUUCCUUGUCCGUGUCCUUUCUAUCUUUUUCUGUUUGCCCCUUUAUGGAAGUCAAUCAAAGAGUCGUCUAAAUUUAGCCAUAUUUUAUCUUACUUUUUUUGCUCUCUCUCUCUCUCUCGUUCUAAUUCUCCCCCCUCUCUCCCCUCCGUUCUUAUUCUCCCCCUCUCUCUCCCUCCGUUCUUAUUCUCCCCCUCUCUCUCCCUCCGUUCUUAUUCUCCCCUCUCUCUCCCUCCGUUCUUAUUCUCCCCCUCUCUCCCUCCGUUUCUUAUUCUCUCUCCCUCCGUUCCUCUCUCUCCUCCUUAUUCUCUCUCUCCUCCGUUCUUAUUCUCUCUCUCCCCCUCCGUUCUUAUUCUCUCUCCCCUCCGUUUUAUUCUCUCUCCCCUCCGUUCUUAUUCUCUCUCUCCCCUCCGUUCUUAUUCUCUCUCUCCCCUCCGUUCUUAUUCUCCCCUCUCCUUUCUUAUUCUCUCUCUCUCCCCUCCGUUCUUAUUCUCUCUCUCCCCCCCUCCGUUCUUAUUCUCUCUCUCCCCCUCCGUUCUUAUUCUCUCUCCCCCUCCGUUCUUAUUCUCUCUCCCCCUCCGUUCUUAUUCUCUCUCCCUCCGUUCUUAUUCUCUCCCCCCUCCGUUCUUAUUCUCUCUCCCCCCGUUCUUAUUCUCUCUCCCCCCCUCCGUUCUUAUUCUCCCCCUCAUCUCCCUCCAUUCCCCACACCCCCAUUCUUUUUGCUUGUUCUCUCCCUCCCUCCCUCUCUCUCCUCCCCCAGCCCCAUUUUUUGUUCGUUCUCUCCCUCCUCUCUCUCUCCUCCCCUUGUAACUUGUUUCAUUAG